CCAUUCGGGGUUGACGUUCGUCAGCUUAUCGAGACCAUCUGCUGUCGGAAAAACGCCGCUGUGGAAAACCUCAAGACAUAUUAUCGCCAGCUUUACCACGUUGACUUGGAGGAAGAUCUACGAAAUUCACUGAUUUGCGAUGCGAAGAACCUCGUAUUUUCGAUCGCUUUUGGAAUUCGCGAGGAGACUGCUCACGUUGACAGCGGUAGAGUCUUGCAGGACGCGAGAGCUAUGAAUGCUGUUGGUGUUGGAAGGUUCAGCUCUUUGCAAGAAUUCGGGUUCAUCGAAAUCUUGAGGAGGCGGUCGUUUCCUCACAUGAAAGAGCUCUUCCAAUACUAUCAGAGGUUGACAAAUCAAUCGAUCGAAGAUGCGAUCAAGAGCGAGUGUUCAGGCCAGUACGAAGCCUUUCUGCUUACCACUGUCGCCAUGAUUCGCGACAAAGCGUCGCACUUCGCCGAACGCCUGCACGAUGCCCUGCGAGUCGCCAUGAUUCGCGACGAAGCGUCGCACUUCGCCGAACGCCUGCACGAUGCCCUGCGAGGUCUCAUCACGGAUGAUUCCACGAUUACCAGGAUCGUGGUUUCUCGUAAUGAAUCACCAACGAUAGUGCAAUCGCAGAUCGAUUUGGACGACGUCAAGAGACGCUACAGGAACAAGUUCAAUGCCAUCUUGGAGGAGAAGGUUGGAAGAGAACUGUACGGGGAAUAUAAGCGGGCUGUGGUUCGCAUUCUUGAUAACAAUUGA